GGCGUGUUGGGGAUGUGCUGAUCCCGGCUGGAAGGGUUUGGGAGGACGCCUGACCCUCUGCCCCGGGAACCGCACACGGCGUGGGGAGGUGACACGUGUCGGUGCUGUUACUGAGGGAUGCUCGGCGGUUACAGCCCUUCUGUCAGACGAGUUGAAGGGCACACGCCCCCUGUUGGGGGCCAGAGCCCCAUCACGCUCAGAAAAUUCCCGUUUCUUCCAUGGCUGGGCCACGCAGCGCCCGUUCCCCAAGUCCUGCUGUGAGGGGUGGGCCUGAGGGAGCACCAUCGGUACCUCUAGCCCAGGUAGGCUGUGUGACACCUUGACUUCCCGAGUCCAGCAGGUGCGGGAGGAGGACAGCCAAGGCUGAUCCUGGCAGGCUGGCAUAGGCAUAGGGGGGCUUUUCCCACUCCCACCCUUGUGCGACAUUUCCCCAGGGGUUCUGUCAUAGCCCUGCCAAGAAUUGUCCCCCAAAGCGCAGCUUUUAAAAAAAACCAAACCCCAGCCACCACCCUGCAUCCAUCCUGGAGCGAAUGGAGGUGGCUCUGCAGGGUGGAGGGAUGGAGCAGGAGCUGCGUGGAGCCAGGGAGCUGAGAAGCAGGGAUGUGGGAGAGGAAAUGCAAACCUGUCAGACUGAGUUGUAUUUAUUUUUUUCUUUGUCACACCGAUGUGAAAAGAACUGUGAUUUAUUUUGGGAUUUCUGUCAUCCUAGGUAUUUUGGAAAUAUUUGCUGUGUCUCAGGGGAUUGUAGGAAUACGAGGAGUUUUCAGCAACAAAUUUUUAGCGAUGUCAAAAAAAGGAAAACUCCAUGCAAGUGCCCGGUUCACAGCAGACUGCCAUUUCCGGGAGCGCUUCCAGGAGAACAGCUACAACACCUACGCCUCGGCCGUGCACCGCAGCCCGCGCUCGGGGCGCCAGUGGUACGUGGCCCUCAACAAGCGGGGCAAAGCCAAGCGGGGCUGCAGCCCCCGUGCCCGGCCCCAGCACGUCUCCACGCACUUCCUGCCCCGCUUCUGGCAGCCGCAGCCCCCUGAGCUCACCUUCACCGUCGCCCUCCCUGAGAAGAAGCCGCCGAAGCCAAAGCUCCCCCCAUCCCCGCCUCGGAAGAACCCCGGCCCCGUCAAGUACCGGCUGAAGUUCCGCUUCGGGUAGUGCCACAGUGGGGAUGCCGGCGCCGGAGAGACCGAGCACCCUUCGGGGCUGACCCCACGGGAGACCUGCGUCCCCCUCCCCAGAUGGACACGGGAGAUCUCCAGGUCUUCUCUUCACCACCCGAGCCGGGUGGCAUGCCCGGGGGUGUGUGUUGGGCUGACACAACUCGGGCUUUCCAAAGAGUAUUCCUGUGGUGAACUGAAAGCACUGCAUGGACCUCGGGUUAGUGUUCUGAUGCUGAAAGAUGCAGAAAGGUACCUCUACGGCGAACGUAUUUUUUUACCUUGUUUUCACUAGUGACUUCUUUGACAAUCAUUUUCAUACGAGAGAUGCUCAGAGCCAAGCAGUUUUGUUUGUUUUUCUUGCAUCUCCUUCUUGCUGCACUUUUUCCUCCAACCUUACCUCAGACACCGGAUAUCCAGGUCUGCCCCUUCCCCUUCUCCUACAAACCAGCUCCUCCCUUCCACAACAAAAGAGCAAGACCAAGCUCUGCAAAUUCACUCAUCUUAUGGUGCAAGGGGAGUGGGUAUUAAAACUCCCUGUUGGCAAUAAUAGAUACCUGUAUGUAUUUUUUAAGGGUUGCAGGCUUGGGGAGGGCGGCUGUUUGCAGCCCCGCUCCCGGGGUCUCUCCUGUUCUUCCCUGGGCAGCCAGAGGAGCGAGUCUACUUCUGUGCGUCCAAGUAUGGAUUUGAUAUCUGUGUUUAAAUUACCUCUGCCCCGGUGCUGGGGCAUUUCUGUUGCCUGGUAGAGCCCCUCCACACCCCUGCUCCCUGGGGACAGGGACACCUGUGGCCCCCUGGGUGCCUACUGGUUUCUUCCAACAGUUCUUGCUGCUGAUUUAUUUUACCAUUCACAAUACAUUUGCAGAGGUGGGGAUCAAGGGUUUUAUUUUACAGUGAGCGUGGCGACGUGGCAAUAAAUACAGUUACAGCUGCUUGUCCCUUCGGAAGUGUUUUUCCAGGUUGCUAAUGGCCUCGAUGUUGAGUUGUUUCUCUGUGUGAUGUACUCUGUGGAGUCAUUGUGCCUAUGGAGUUUGUAAUCAGUGUUUAGCUGAGCUGCUGUACGUGCAGACGACGGUAGCAUCGAACCUCACCGGUGAAGCCUUAAUAGGAGCCCAGGUGGGUUCACGUGGGCAGAGCCCCUCCGGACCUGACCCGCCAGUGUCAGGCAGCAACAACGAGGGCGAGCGGCAGGGCUGAGCCUCUUCUCCAAAUGUGAUUGUGGUACAAAUGACUGUUUGUUUGCACUGGGAUCCCAGUUCUUUGCCUCCCAUCCUUCUGGGCAGCCCCUCCUGGACACGCACACUCCACGUACGGGGAUGGAUGGCCCCGCUGGAAUAAAAGAGUUGUGUUUGAUUUUAUAAUCUGGUUGUGUGAUCUCUUGUCUGUCUGUGCCUUCUUUUCCUCUCCUGAAGGAGAGAAACGAGUGCUGCUGGGUGAGCUGCUACAUGUCUU